AUGGGGAGACGUACUGGGAAGAAGGUGGGACGCGGGAUUGUCUACAGUGACGAUGAGGACGAAGAAAUGGAAGAUGCGAUCGACCCCGAAGCCGUUGAGAAGCAACGCAUCGAACAGCAAGAACAGGAGGAAGACGAUGCAGAUUCGGAUUACGAACCUUCCUCGGAUUCUUCUUCGGACGACACGAAAUCUAUCGAUAGCAACGACUCCGACUUACUUACGAGAUCAUCCGAGAUUCUUGACGUCGCUCUUCGACCCCGUACCCCCGAGCCUGGGCCUGUGGAAGAACUCGAUGAUGGAAGUUGGUCGCAAGAUCCCGAGUUGGACAUUAGCGAUGAGUGGGGUCUUGACAAUUAUGCCAGUACCGAGAACACUGAGGACAACAGUUUUGAUCCUAGACUCAUCGGACUCGACGACGUCAAAUGGAUUAAUCGGGUCCGCGCACUGGCACUCAAUCCCGAGCGGAAAGCCUACAUAUCCGGUAGAGGCCGCUACUACGACUAUGGCUCUCUAGAUAUCGAAGGGCCUGGAAGAGAUCCCAAUGAUCCGGGCGAAGGUUCUUUGAACAUCACGAGCUACGCGAGUGGGGACGAACAACAAGCUUUUCCAUUCCACGAGGCAUGCUUCGACAUUCUCGCAAAGAGCAUAGGACUUGAGAGCAGAGAUAUUGAUAAGCAUGUGAUGUUGAGAACGUUUAGCGCUCUUCUUGCAAACGAAAGACCAGUUUUGGAUGUGGACUAUCAGGUCUUUUCGGGCAACGAGCAAUUUUGGCAUAAUGGAGCGGGAUCGGAGUAUGAAGUGUGCGAUCCUUCCCCCCGACCUGCUCUCCAAGAAAGUAUACAAGACAUCCUACCCGCCAACAUUUUCGGUGGGAGUCCGCAGUUGGCAAAUCUAGCGCACAAGGUGCGAACGGAUCCAAUUGCAGUCCUCCCGUACGACCUGCUUCUCGAAAUCCUUGGAUAUGUUGACUCCAAAGACAUGCUUUCGCUCAUGCAAGCUUCGCAUCACGUCAACAGCGUCACUCGCGAAGCCGCAUUCUGGAAACAUAUGGUACGCAUGCGUGUAUUGCCAUGGUUCUACGAGUUGCGUUACUUCGUGGAGACUGCGACCACCGAUGCGCUCGACUACAAAGGUCUUUUUCUCUGGGUGGAUGCAUCGACUCGUCCCAGGUUCGGCAUCCAGGGACCCCUCAUGCACAUAGCAAAUCGACGCCGGAUCUGGGGCUGCUGCCAGCCAGUAGCCUCGCUCUACAAGAAAGCAACUGGGCCGGUCGAGCCCGCUGAGCCGGCAGACUCGGACGAAGCAAAGGCGAUUCUAGACAGCUCCGUAUGCUUGCACAUGCCCAUGACCAUGUAUCCCCCGCCAGCUCAGACCGAGACCGUUUCGGCACAGUUUAUUCACUCUUGGAAUGAGAUUACUCAUCGUGCUUGCGUUUUGGACACCUACUGGCGCCAGAUUAACAACAGCCACGACUACUUAGUGGGCAUCUCCGUCACCUUGGGUGACCAAACAAGACUUUUUGGCAGCUCUGAUGGAUUUACUGGACUUCCGUUUCAUCUUGAUCGUGGGGAGUGGAUCAAGGAGAUCGUCUGCUGUAUCGAAGAUAUUGUGAAUCAGACCGGGCCUCAUGGGAAGCCUGAGGAUCCUUGGCCAUCCAAGACUGCUAUGAUCAGCGGUAUCUCUCCGCGAUAUGCAUCUGCUCAGCAGAUGGCAUGGGGAAAGCUUGGAUCAUCGCUACCCUACGAUCGUAUUGGUCAAAAGUAUCCUCAACAGGCUUCAGUCUGGGCGCAUCCUACGAUCCAUUUCGAGUCCUUCCCCACUCCCAUUCACCCCAUACCAUACGAACUCCCCGAGGAUAUGAUGCCCAACGAUGUGUUCAUGUGGAACAAGAAAAACACAGGUAUUGAAUGCUUUCAGCCCGUUGCAACGAGUAUCUCCAUGCCUCACGAUUCGACCGCUCUACCCAGCUCCCUCCCUGCGACCAACAUAUCGUCACCGUCCUACCAACUCCACACCGGUAUCGAUAUCGUCGGCAUCAACCCCGGCCCUCAUGACAUGUGGGGUAAUCGCGGCCGCAUGGUCGGCCGUCGCGGACCCGUCCUAUGUCAAUCCCCCAAAUGGGCGCACGACAUGACUGAGCCUCUCCGAGAAUCCCUCAAAGCCGCAUGGCAAGAUAUGAAUAAGACAGGCAGUGGUCCACACCCUUACCAAAUACAAAACACCGUCACUUUCCCGCUGAACCAGGAAGACAUCACUGAAGUCCAUGUCGAGCAGCAGUACCGCGCUCUCAAACUUGUUACGCAGAGUGGUCGGGUUGGCUACUUUGGGGAGCCGGAUAUGCGCGAUUGGUUCGUGAGGAAGGCGGUGGGUGGAGAGCAGAUUGUGGGGAUUAGUGCGUGUUUUGGGGCGUUGGGGGGUUGGAGUGAGUCGGCGAGGAUGUGGAGUCAUCUCAAGUUGAGUCGCGUGGGGGUGGUGUUUGAGAGGGUUAAUGGAGAGGGGAAGGUGAUUGGUAAGGAGGAAGAGAAGGAGAUGCGGGAGAAGGGUGUGGUGUUUGAGGAGGGUGAAGUUGUUAUGUGCUCAGAGUAG